UCGGGCGUAAGCAGCCCCGAAUUCAAGUCGUGCGCGUCUGCGCCUUUCCGCGGAAGGAGGAAGCCUUUGGGGCCGUGCCACGCAGGGCAGCGUCAGCCCGGAUCCCCACCUCCGCAGGGCGGGGGCGAACGCUUGGUUGGCCCAUCGCCCCCGGGGGAGGCGAGGCGAGGCAAGCGAGCGGGAGGGCCUUUCCUGGGCUUGCCUUCCUUCCUUCCUCCCUCCUGCCGCUGGCGAGAGAGCUUUCUGCUGCCGCGUCUCCCUGCCUUCUGCUGCUGCUUGCGGAGCGAGCGGGGCAGAGACCUCUCUUCCCAGCGCGGGAGGAGCCGGCUGUCCUCCUUCUCCGCCGCGCCUUCCCAGCCCAGACGAACCCUUCUCUGAAGGAAGAUGGCGGCUAUUGGCGAUCUGCCUGAGGAAAUAAUUGUGGAGGUUCUGUCUCAGGUCCCCUCGUGGGACGUGGUUUGCAGCUGCCGUUUCGUCUGCUCGCAGUGGCGGGACGUGGCUGAUUCCUUGAACGCUCAGUGGAAGCUCAAAUGUAAACAGGAGGCCUUUGCCAUGCCGGAUUGCGCUAUCCAAGACUGGAAGGCGUUCUACUUUCUCAGUAGCGCAAAGAGGAACUUAAUACAGAACGCUUGCGGCAAAGAGGGCUUGAACUUCUGGGGCAUUGGUCCACAUCAAAACGACGCUUGGGACACAGGGCCGCUGUCUGGAUUUCCCCUGGAGCAUGUGACCUCUGGCUUCGGCGCAUUUAGUGGGCCUGACCCCAAAAGCCAGCUCAUCACCUUAAAGGAUCACGGCUACUCAGAUGAGUUGAUGGACCACAUCAAACCAGCUAUUGUGGUGAAGGACUGGACUGACGUUUUCGACCCUUAUAUAUACACGCUGAACGUGCAGCUCUUGUCUGCAGAUCAUCAAGUCCUGUGUCAAUGUCACACCGAAAACGUGGACGUCGUUGAGGACAAGGAGGAAAUCUGGAGCGAGGUGUCGUACACUUUCUGGAACUACCCUUCCGGGGUCCGCCACGUCCUUUUCCAACACGGCGUCAGUGGCGUGGACUCCGGCUCCCUAACCAACAGCAGCGUUACUGUUGGGCCAAACUUUCCGACGUUAGGUUCUAGGUGCGGAGGAACAUUUCAAGGGAAAACCGAUACCGGUAUAGCAGGGAAAUAAUUUUCCAAAGAUUACCCUGAUAUGAGCCAUGUUUAUGUCCCCCACUCCACGAUGAGAUCUGAUGUAAUCUGACAGUCUGCAGCCUUCAAGACUGAUGUCAUUAAAUCCCUCAUGUACGGGGUUAAGAGGCAAUCAUUGGUAGAGAGACAAUGACCCGGUUCACACAACACAACAAGCCAGAGGACGGGUUGAGUAUGGGUUGAAUUGUGGCUUGUCAUCGAAUCUUUGGGCUGUUGUAUUGUGUGAACCCAGCUGCGCCAACAGGCCAUGGUUUGUUAACCGUGAACAACCUAUAAAGCGAACCCAAGCUCCUCCCCUUCCUUUUCCUCCUCGUUGUCUCUGACUUCCACCAUUGCUGGGAGCGUGUCCGUUUGCUCUCUUGCUCCUGCUGAUAUAAUGGAACACUAAACGGACUGAACAAACUCUUUUGAAACUCUUUGCUGUACCUGCAUUGUAUAUGUAAGAAGCUUUGUGAGUAAAAUUGUUUUCUUCCCAGAAGAA